AUGUCAGGAUUGGUGGUCAGCUAUGGCAAGGCCAUCCGCGAUUGCAAGGACUGGCGCCGUGCGCUUGGUCUCCUGGAAGAGAUGCGGCGAAGAGGCCUGGAGCCCAACUCGGUGACCUGCACGGCGGCCGCCAAGUCCUGCGAACGCGCCCUCCGCUGGGCGCACGCGCUGGCCCUGGACGCCUCGGAUGCCUUCGGCGCCGCCGUGCGGCAGCGCGCCUGGAGCGCGGGGCGCCGGUGGCGGCAGGCGUGCGACGAGCUGCGACGCGCCCAGCAAAAGCGGCUGCGCGUGGACGGCGUGAACCUUUCCACAGCCAUCAGCGCCUGCAAGGGUGCGUGGCUGCAGGCACUGAUGCUCCUGCAGGCCGGGCGAGCUGUGGGGCUGGCUGGCGUGGUCUCCCACGGGGGGGUCUUGAGCGUCCUGGAGUCACGCCACUGGCAAUGGGCGCUGGACCUCUUGCGGAAGCUUCAGAGAGACAAGGUGGCCAACUCGGUGACCUGCGGCGCCGCGCUCGCGGCGCUCGCGGCGCGCGCGGCGCGCUGGCGAAGGUCCGGGGCGCUGGUGGCGGAGAUGGAAGUGGACCGGCUGGCCGUGGACCUGGUGUGCCACAGCAGUGCCAUCAGUGCCUUUGAGAAGUGUGCUCGGUGGCAAGAGGCAGCCCGCACGCUGGCCAUCGCCACGUCCCCGGAUGCGAUCGCAAUCUGUAGCGCCAUCAGCGCCUGUGACAAGGCGGCCGAGUGGCGCUGGGCCUUACAGAGGCUGAGAACGAGCGUUCCCCAGCCGUCGGAGUCUGACGUGAUGGCGGUCAAUGCCGCCAUCAGCGCCUGCGAAAAGGCCGCCUGGGCUUUUGGCUUGGUGCUUGCUGCCUUGGCUCCGCGUCCAUCUGUUGUGACCUUCGGAGCGUUGCUCGCCUCUGCGGCGCUCAGCUGGCGCCGCGCCUCGGCGCUGCUGGGGCGCAUGGCGCUUUUGGGCCUCCGGGGCAACGCCCACACCGCCGGGGCGCUGCUGGCCUCAGGCCCCUGGUGGUCGGCCGCUGAGCUGCUGCAUGAGAACGAGACCCGCCUCACGGGUCCGGCGGGGAACAGCGCGCUGCUGGCCCUCCGCAAGGCCCGGCAGUGGCAGCAGGGCCUGCGACUGCUACGGCGCAUGGCUGCGGACGCCACCAGCUUCGAGUUGGCAGCGCCUGGUGCAAUAUCCCGAUAUUUGCUCAGCGGGAUUGGGACAUUCCGCCGCCCCCGGCGCUCGCUCAUGUUCUGCUGCAAGUGCAGUGACGAUGAGCAUGCCUCCGUCGAGGCUGGCGCCUUCUCAGUGGAUCUGCCUUCCAGGGCGCUGGGGCACAUGGAUUUCCUGGAUUCGCGGGGCGCCAUGGUGCUGGAUACUUUCAAGGGCACUUUGAGGGAGUUCAACCAGGAAUUCCCCAGCAGCGCCCUCAAGAGAUACGACCUUGUCACCCACGUGAACGGCACAAGCUGGAGCAGAAAGGCAAUGGAGGAGGUGGCGACCUUGGCUUUGAGAAUCACUCGGCCGAGACUGGUGCAGGUGCUGCUGCAACGGCUGCCCCUGGAACGUCUGGGGAUCACCUUCGACUUCUGCCAGUCCUCCCUGGGGAUCCUCCUGCGAGGCGUGCAGGAGGGUCCCGUGGCCCGCUGGAACCAGGAGAAUCCGGACGCCCUGGUGAUGCCCGGGCACCGGGUGGUGGCAGUGGACGGUGGGGAGUUGCUGGGCCCAGAGAUGGUGCAGAGGCUCCAAGAGGAGGGCGACCUGAUCCUCACAGUACUUCAAUACGACCUGCCCCCGUAGGCACGGCGGAUUGGAGAUAUGGCCGUGGUUGUCAAAGCCAUG